AAGUUAACCUUCUGAUUUAAUUAUUUAUAAGCAUUAAAAUAACGGUAUUAUAUUACAUAAAAUAAUUAUUUUUGCCUGCAGCAGAAAUUGUUCGCUUUGAUUAGUGUCCUUCAAGGACUCUAACUUUGAUGUGUCUAUUCUACUGUGACUUAAAAGCUGCAAGGCCCAAGAGGCAAGAGGACAAUUCGUUUGAGUUGCCCCAACAUGCGUCAUUAAGUCUUUACUCUCCUUACACUCUCCAAGCGUUCAGCGCAUGUGCGCCACGCGAGCGGUAUCACCUGUUCCGUUUGUGUUGGCUUUUUUGUCUCUCUUCCUUGUUCUCAUUAGACAGCGAAAGCAAGAAGUAGUGGUCUACACAAUCACAAACCGACGAUAACAAGCAGCUAAUCACAAACACCGGAUCAUAACACAGAAGUUUUCAUGUUUUUUACCAUGUCGACAUUGACGAAAGUCCGUAUCAGAUCCAUCAUAAUUAAAUGACGCCUUCGCCUCUGAAUUCACUCAGCUUUUGUCAAAACGAUAGCGACCAACAGCGCCUAUAAAAAAUACAAUGGGUUCAGCCAUGGGCCACGUGAUGACUUUGGCCAACAGCAUCAUCGGAGUGAGCAUUCUGGCUAUGCCGUUUUGCUUCAAACAAUGCGGCAUUAUUCUCUCUGUAUUGCUGUUAUUAUUCAGCAAUAUAAUCACUCGGUGCUGCUGCCACUUCCUGAUCAAGUCUGCUCAUCUAGCCAGGCGAAGGAACUACGAAUUCCUUGCUUUUCAUACAUUUGGACCCACUGGCAAAUUGGUUGUCGAGUUGAGCAUCAUCGGUUUCCUGCUGGGAACCUGCAUUGCUUUUUUUGUGGUGAUUGGAGACCUUGGCCCAGACAUUUUGGCAAAGGCCUUCAAUAUUGAUAACUCGCCAACAUUAAGACCCAGCGUUUUGGUUGUUUUAGCAAUAUGUGUUAUUCUCCCACUUGGUCUCUUGAGGAACGUUGACAGUUUGAGUGUCAUAUGCACAGCGAGCAUUUUGUUUUACUUGUGUCUCGUCCUGAAGGUUAUAAGCGAGGCAAUGCCCCACUUGCUUGCUGCUGACUGGUUGGACCAUGUGAAUCUGUGGAGGCCAGCUGGAAUCCUUCAGUGCAUCCCCAUUUUCUCUAUGGCCCUGUCCUGCCAAACGCAAGUGUUUGAAAUAUAUGAUUCUCUUCCUGACGCAAGUCCCUUACGAAUGAACGAAAUUGUUCGAGCCGCAGUAAAUAUGUGCACAGGAGUAUACAUUUGCGUUGGAUUUUUUGGUUACGUGGCCUUUUGCACUGCAAGCUUCACUGGAAACGUGAUGCUGAGUUUUUCUCCAUCUAUGGUUACUGACGUGAUGAAACUUGGCUUUGUCUUGUCACUUGCUGUCAGCUUCCCUUUGGUCAUCUUCCCCUGCAGAGCCAGCCUAUAUUCGCUUCUCUUCAAAAGGGCUUCCUCGUGGCAUCCAGAGGUUGUCAGUGGUCCAACGCAUAUCCCUGAAGCCCGCUUCAAAUGCAUCACGCUAUUCUUGGUGACAGUGUCCCUUAUGGUAGGGCUGCUCUUGCCAAAUAUCGAGCUUGUGCUUGGAUUAGUAGGAUCCACUAUCGGCACCAUCAUCUGCCUUUUGCUGCCAGCACUCAUGUUUACCAGAUUGGCACAAAGAUACUCCAGCGAAAGACUUUUGGCCCAGGUUAUCUUCUUCAUUGCUGCUGGCAUUUUGAUCCUGAGCACAUACGCCAAUUUGUAUGCAGCUGACAAAGCUACGGCUGGUGAGAUGAGUGCUGUGGUCAGCUUCAAGCCACCAGAACUGAAGAAGGCAAUGCCGCCCAUCGAGUUAACAAACAUCAAUCAACCGCAAAUUGUUCUUGGGAAAGGUGUGAUUGGUGACUUCAAAGAACCGGCAAAAAGUAGCGUGGAAAUUAUUAAGCAAGAUUUGGACUCAAAGUUGAACAAGAAGCCUGAAGUUGUAAUAAAGCCUGAUGAUAGCAUACGAGUAGAGCCACCGAUCCCACAGGAGCCCAAAGAGCCUAUAGAGCAGGUGCCAAAAAAAGUUGAGGAGCCUGAAAAGAACCAGCAGCCUGCUCUGGAUGCAGACAAAGCUGACAACUUAAAACCUAAUGCAGUCGUUGUUGAGCCUCCUGAAGUGAAGAAAGUUGAUCUUCCAGCAUCUUCAAUACAGGCACAAGUCGGAAAUGAGCUGAAAGUAUCAAGCAUUGAUGAAAAGAAGCCUGCUGAGGCUAAAUCAUCCAUUGCUCCAGAUGUCAAGGCAAUCGAGAAGCCGCACGAACAAGUUGCAGUGGAGGCCAUAAUGAAAGACGAGAAGGAGCGAGCUGAAGAAGAGCCCAAGCAUGCGGAUGCUGCAGCAGAGGCAAAAUUGCUUGAAAAGCUAGCUGAGCAUGAGCAGAAGCAGAAAAAAUUGCUUGAAGAGCAGCAGCAGAUAAGAAAGGAAAUGGAGGAGCACAAGAAGGAUUCUGCUGAUCUUGUUAAACCGGAGCCAACAAAAGGAGCUGAGCAAGUCAAAGUACAAGCAAUUAAUGCGGUUGAUUCAAAAGCACCUGUUGAAAACGCACCUAAAGUCGAAUUGAAAGGCGAGGAAAAGCGUACAGCAGAUGCCAUCCCUGUGGAUUCUCAACAGAGUGCUGAGGACAAGCACAAAAUAGGCCAGUUGGUAGACGGUCUACAGAAAUUGACAAAUGAAUUGAAAGAAUCUAUCGCUGAGAUCAAGAAGCAAAAGGAUGAUGUGGUGCAGAACAAGGCCAAAGCUAAACCGUUAGGUGCGCUGCUGCAAGCCAAGAAAUUGACACCAGUUGUGAAAGGUGCAGAAAAUGAAGUAUUGAAGAAUAGGAUAAAGCGAGAAGCAGAGGCGGAAAUGAGCGCAGCUUCCAACUCUGUACCUGCACCAUCAAUUACAGGGUUGAAGUCAGACAAAACUAGCCCACCUGUCAUCAAGGAUGAUUCCACGAAUUCCAAUCAUUCCUCAGUAGAACUGAAGUUGCCUCAGCAACUGACUGUGAGCGAAGUGAAAUUGGACGCUGCUCACAAUCAGAUAAACAGUGACGCGAUAUCAUUAUUUGAUGUUAAACCUAUCACUCGAGACCUCAAAACUGUUGAGGAAGAAUUGGAGUGAUGGAUUAAAAUUGUGAUCAAGGGGUUCAUAGGAGCUACGUGGAAGGUUAUAUUAUGUAUCAAAUCGUGGGGGUAUGAUCCUCUUUAACUGGCAAAUAUAUAACGAUUUGCUUUGCUUCCCUUUAUUGUGGUUGUGCCCUUCACUUUGUGAUUUGGUACGUGAUCUUAAAUUUGGAAUUAAUUAAAACCCAAAUUUUACUGCAUUUUCCUUGAUUUAUAAUAUGUAGUAAUCCUACUCAAGAUUCCAAACAAUAAAAAUCUAAUGAUGCAA